AUGGCUGGAGGACGCGGAAAAUCCGCAAAGAACACAAAGCAAGUGAAGGAAGCUGAACCUGAGUCCACUGCUGAAGAAGAGUAUGAGGUUGAACGUGUUGAAUCCCAUCAAAUCACCGGCAAAGGCAAAAGAGCAAAAUUGCUUUACUUGGUAAAAUGGAAGAAUUAUCCUGAUAGCGAUAACACCUGGGAACCCGCUACAGCAGUUGAAAAUGCAAAACAAUUAGUUGACGAAUACUGGGCUACCCACGGCGGUGAGAAGGAACGCGAAGAAGUCUUCAAGCAAUUGGAAGGCGGCAACAAGGUAGCCACUGCUACCAAAGACAAGAAGGAUAAGAAGGAUACUGCUGUAGCUGAAGAGGAGCCUGCUGUCCAGUCAAGGAAGAGAAAGAAUGCUAGAGGCGGUUCUGCUCCAUCCUCAACAGCUACAAAUUCUGGAAAGAAGAGAGCCAAGGUCGAUGAAGCUGACGUCGAGGACGCCGAAUCAAAGGAAACUGUUUAUGAAAGUGAAGAUGAAUUUGACGUUUCCGAUAGCGAAAUCGAGGGCGAAACCUUCAGACUCAAUCAGAAAUGGGAUGGCAAAGUCUACAAAGUCCAAUACGUUAGAAGAGAUGAAGACGAUGAUCAAUUAUACGCCAUUGUUCGCUGGAAUGACUCUAAGUUAGCCAAGUAUAAGACUUCUACUGUUGCAAGAAGGGCUCCCUUGAAGUUAAUUGAAUUCUAUGAGAACAGAUUAAGCUUUCAAGAGGAUUGA